AUGAUUAUGAAUGCCUCAUUGAGAGCACUAUCUCAACAGAGUGUUAGUGAAAGAUUCAAUGUCAAGGAAAAUCUGAAUGUCUUAAUGCAAAUAUCAUUACAGUUGACAAAUGAUUCAAAUUUGUUGCAAAGCCAAAGUCAACAAAAUCCUUCUAAUGAAAAUCUUCAUGAAUUAUUUCUAACACUGAUUGAUUACAUUGGUUAUUUAAAGUCUGUUGAAUGUAUUGCAGUCGACGAAUUGCUUCAAGUCACUUCACCGCUUGUUAAAUUGUUCAAAUUAUUUCAUGAACAGGAGCAUUUUGCAUUAUGCUGGAAAUCUGGUCUAGAUUUAAACAGUCUACUUGAACAACUUUACAAAUUAUGGGAACGUGUUCAAUGUUACAAAACUGCAAAGUCUGUUGUCAAUAAUAAUAAUAUCAUUUGUUGCGUUCGAGAGAUCAAUGAAGUUUUAAAUAAUAUUUCUCAGUUAUUUGGCUUCGUACUUUUAGGUAACUUGGAUAAUGUUCAAAGUGAUUUACUCCGAACUAUUGGUCAAUCUCUUUCAAGUGAAAUUAACAGCAGAAAUGUAACAGUCGACGGAAAUGUAACUGAAUCUUAUCAUAUCUAUUCUACAAUGUCACAUUUGGUAUUUCUACAUCCUAUAUGCAGUCAAUUAAACCUGCAGAGAGCUUAUAAACGUCUUGAUAAUGUUUUCAGUCAAUACCUUUUAAAAUCGUUUCAACAAGCCUUCUUAGCGGCUUUGAAAUAUGUUAAACAACCAUUGAAGCCUGUCGGCAAAGAUGGUGAAGACUAUGUAGACUUUUAUCGUCUUACUGUGCAAACUUGUCUGAUGGGCUUAUCACAAUUACAGCUACGUCGUCUUCAAAAAUUUCCAGCAAAUGAAAUCACUGAACAUGUACAAACAUUAUGGUCUUAUGUGAUUCUCUUCAGUGGAUUGAGGAAAAAAGCUUCGAAACAGUCGAAUCCUGUACUGAAUGAUGCGGAGAAUGGUUGUUGUGUAUCACCGCAUAAUAAUAAUAAUAAUUCAAUACCUCCUUCUUCUGACAGUGAUUCUUCAUAUCAGGCAGUGUCACCAUUAGGUGAUUCGCCGUCAUCAUCUGACUGUGAGGGAUUUAUAAAAAAGGAUAUGAAACCAUCAGCAAUUAUUCAUAACGAUUCAUUGGAUUCAGCUUUAAUGACAACACAAAAUAUCGCCAAUUGUUUACUACAUAACAAUAACAACAACUGUCGACAUCCAUCUGUUCACUCCUCGACAACAUUACUAUCGUCAUCACCGUCUACGUCACAUCGAUUUCAAAGGAGUAGUUAUAAGAAUACUUCAAAAAAGUAUGCAUCGUUUAUAUCUGAAAAGCGAUCAACUGCCUCUCCUUCUAAUGCGUACAAAAGUCAUUCUAAAUGCUAUCUAUUAGCUAUGUUCUGCCUUAAACAUAUGCUGGAAAUGUAUGGACCACAAGUUAUCAUUAACUGCUGGCCUAUACUUAUGAAUAGUGAUUGCCUGCAGACAACAGCUUCUGAAGACAGAUCGCUCAAUUCUAUUGCAUCAUUACAUGGGAUCUCAACACCUGAUCUGCUUAACUUGUAUUUUAAAACUAAUGAUGAAAGAAUUAAACAGAUAUUACUAGAAAUACUUGUUCAUCUACUUUCGCAUGUUAAUAAACGUUUUAUUGUCGCUGAAGAUCUCACGCCUUAUUCUGCUUCAUUUAUACCAUAUUCUGUUAGAUUGGCUAUGGAGUUACGUCAUUUACAUCGUCGUCUAGUGUUAGCAUUAUCUGUUGAAAAAACUUAUACAUUCCAGGCUUUACUACUAAAAGCAUUGGGUGCUCUUGUGCUUAUCACACCAUAUCAACGUCUUCAACCUGGCCUUUUAACAUCAUUACUGCCAAUAAUCAAUCAUCUACUACAACCAAUAAAGCUAAAUAUAAGUAGACCAGCUGAUAUCAGAUCUGGAUGCCUAGCGUUGUUAGGCAAUAUAUUAGGCAAGGUGAAUGGACCUUUGAUUGAGGUUUUCCAAAUUUUAUCGCCUUCACUGAAUGUCCCAGACAACAAUACUGUUAGCCCAAAGAAUAACUUAAUAAAACCAACAAAUUUAUCUCCAACGCAUGAUUCAAAUUCUUAUUCUUGCUACAGGCACACAUUUACGCCUUGUUGGCUUGUUCAAGUUUGUCUACGUCUCAUUCAUCCUGAUAUUGAAUCCAUUGAAUGGGAUACAAAAACAACGCCAACAACAACUACAGCGAAUGAAAUCAAUAACACUUCAGUUAAUAACGUUGACAAUGAUUCAAAAUCUUAUGAAACGUGUAUUUUUCAUCCAAUACAAGUUCGUAAAGAAGCUCUUGUAACAUUGCAUCAAUUUAUUCCAAAUUAUGCCAGCUUUCUACAGCCAAGUUUAUCGCUUAUCAUGAAAGCGUUGAUUUUCUGUAUACAGGAGAAACAAGAAAUUAAUGUAUUACGGACGUAUAGUUUAAGAUUCCUAACUGAUCUGUUGCCAUAUUUAACUAGUUGUUGUUAUGACAAUAAUAUUGAUGAGAAUCAAAGCGUGUCUAGAGCAACAACGCCGACAGCAACAGCACCAAGCCUCCAUGCUAACUCACUGCUCAGUGAACAAAUGACUAACAUGCAUUUAACCAAAGCACAUACUAUUGAACAUCACAGUAAUCAGAUGUUGAACACUACAGACUGUUCCAAGAAUAACAAUAAUUAUACCUGUCAUAAUAAUACUAAUAAUAAUAUUACUAUUAAUUCUAAAUUGCACAUAGAUCAGAUACAAGUUAUCUCAUGGUGGCAAACAUUUUUACCAUAUAUACUGAAUAUUCUUCAAAACAGUGCAGUCAGCAUUGAUAGAUCAUGGUGCUGUCGGAUAUUAACAUGCAUUGAUAGCCGACUUAUGGAUUUAUUUGAAAAGCCUAAACAUAAAUCCAUUCUAAUUGAUAUGAACACAAUAAGUGAAUCACUUUGGCGUGCGUUAGAUGUAAACGAUGAAACAAUAAAUGCUGAAGCUUUGCAUGCUAUUGGAACGCAUAUAUUGUAUGAACCCCUUCAAUGUCAUCUAAACCAAAUUGUUCGAUUACUUGAAAAAUCUCAGCAAUUAUGGUCUGUCUAUCAAUCAAAUGUCAUGGGAAUUGAGUCUGCCUGGUGUAUAGGGAAUUGUUUAAUUAUGUUGACGAAAAUCAGACAAAAGGCUGUCAAUGGUGGGAACAACAAUCUAGUGGAUGGAAAUACACUUGACUGGAGUAGACUAAUUCAGACAUGUUGUGAGCUAUGUUCUACAGUGGAUAAAUCGACGAAGGUGAAUCAUGAAGUGAAACAAUCGACAAAAGGUGAAACAGCUGCAAACGCGUUGACAGUUGAAUCCGAAUCAGUUAAACCCACUAAUAAUAAUAAUAAUAAUAACACAGUAGAUGGUGUCAUUAAAAAUCCAGAUGAUCAUCGCUGUGAAAAUGGAGCUAAAGCGUUGGGUUAUGCAUUGGGAGUACUGGCUCCUGGUAUGAUAAAGAAACAGGAAAUAAUCAAUGAAAUGGUUAAGACAUUGUGUCAAGCUCUUGUGUUGGACAAAAUUAACGGAGCAGCAAAAGUUCGUUGGAAUGCAAAUUAUUCAGCUGGUCAUCUAUUUCGUAAUCAAUUACUUUGGAGUGAAUUGAUUAAAAAAUAUUUAUCAAUUAAUCGUGCUAUUGAAGAUGAGAAGGAUACUUGGUCAAUCAUUACGAAUAAUGCUACUCUUAACGCUGAUUCCCAAUUGGAUCCAAUAACAUCUACGCAGAGUAUACUUGAAUUUAGUGAAAUCGUCAAAUAUUUAUGCAAAACACUAACAUAUGAUAGAUAUUUCAAGGCUCGUGUCCGUGCAGCAAAAUCGCUAUAUGCAAUAUAUGAAUGCUCACCGUAUAAUUAUCCUAACAGUAUAAUUCAUUUAUUUACAACUGUUAUUAUCAAUAAAAAAAUAACCAGUAGAACCGCAUUGACAAUAAAUGAUCUCCCAGUUAUAUGGAUCAUCGAAGCAUGUAUUCAUACUUUAAUUAAUACACAGUGUACAUUACAAAAAACUUACAGUAUUAUUAUUACUAAUGAUUCAUGCCCGAGUACAACAACAACGACAAUACCAAUGAAAUCUUCAACACUUCAACAGCAUUUAACUGAAAAUCAUUAUCGUGAGCAAUCUGUUGUCAUGUCAAUAAUUCUACUCUUUCAUUCCCUAUACUAUUUAUUAGUACUUCUAAAAGAUUUAUCAAUUUCUAGUCAAAGUGGGGCUACAUUUUGCGCUCAAAUGAUAUGCGCGCAAUUGGAAAACUUAUCCAAUUUAGUUGAUUUAAACAAUCCUGUUGUGAUUGAACAAAUCAAUAACCUAAUCGAGAUUACCUUACAAUCAACUGAUGAAUAUGUAAAAUGUAUGCCAACAAUAAUAUUUUUCGAUAAAAUUUUAAUGAAAUCUUCCGCUGGUCAGCAAAACGAUUAUUAUUAUAAUAGUAUAAACCAUACAAUCGCUAAUGUUAUAAAUGUAUUUAGCGAAUACGACAAGUUGGAAACUACAGUUUUAGUGGAAUCGCGUAGUUUGAGGAAGUUUUUAUCCAGAUAUUCUUUAGCGCAUAGUUAUUCUACAAAAGGGUUACAAUCGAACAUGGCGGUGGGGGUGGUAAUGAAUGAUCAACUUUUUGAAGAAAGACUAAGAAAAUCACAGAAAUCUGAUGCUUCAGGAUUUCGACAAGUUUAUGAUUGA